UUGGCUCUUGCUUUCCAGGCGCUCGCUGCCGCCUCGAAGAGCCCCGCCAUGCCCCAGACGGUGGCUUUGAAUGGCCCUUCGCCGUGGGGCUUCCGGCUGGUCGGAGGCAAGGAUUUCAGCACCCCCUUGACCAUUUCGAGGAUAAAUCCUGGAAGUAAAGCUGCUCUUGCCAACCUUUGCCCAGGUGAUGUUAUUCUGUCAAUUAAUGGUGAGAGCACAGAAAGCAUGACGCAUCUAGAAGCACAAAACAAGAUCAAAGCUUGUCUGGACCAACUGACACUAUCUGUGAAUAGAGCUGAAAACAAAGCUUGGUCUCCUAAUAUUUUAGAGGAUGGAAAAGCACAAGCUUACCGAGUCAAUGUAGAACCAGAACCACAGGAUAAUGGACUUAUCCCAAACCGAAGACCAGCAACCUUUUCACCUGGAGGAAGCCUAACAGACAACAAACAGAUAUCAAACUUGCAGUACAAUAAUCCUACUCGACUGUAUACAAACAACAACACAGAUUCCAGUUUGCCAUCACAGAUGAGUGGCCUCUAUAUUACAGCUUCCCAAAGUACUGACCCUUUGAGGUCCCUACCAAGAAACAGAAAUGGAAUCGACAUGGACUCCGAUGUAUACAAAAUGCUUCAGGAUUAUGAAAAGCCAGUUUCAGAGCCAAAGCAGUCAGGAUCCUUUCGCUACCUGCAGGGCAUGUUGGAAGCUGGAGAGAAUGGUGAAAAACAUGAUAGAUUGGCUAGUCCAAGACAUGUUAAAUCUCCAGUAUCUAAGCUGGGUGGAGCCAUAUCUGGCUUACAGAUGCUGCCAGAGUGCACCAGAUGUGGCAAUGGAAUUGUAGGCACAAUAGUAAAAGCCCGGGACAAGCUGUACCACCCAGAGUGUUUCAUGUGUGAUGACUGUGGCCUCAACCUGAAGCAGAGGGGCUACUUCUUCAUUGAAGAACAGCUGUAUUGUGAAACGCAUGCCAAGGAAAGGGUUAAGCCUCCAGAAGGAUAUGACGUGGUAGCUGUUUAUCCCAACGCUAAAGUUGAACUGGUCUAAAUAAAUACUCUUGUUUCCCGGAGAGGUCAAAAGGUGGCUCACCCACCCACAGGCACAGUGUCUGUUUUAAAGUAUGGCUGUAA